AUGGCAUCCGUCGUGGAAGCGCAACGCAAGACAUUGGAGAAUACCAUCAAACAAGGCGAACCUCUUCUUGGACUUGUUGGAUCCGAUUCCGAGUUUGACUCUGAUUCUCAGUCCGAGUCCGACUCUAAGUCUUACGGGGGGAACUUGGGACAUAAAAGUCGCAUGUAUGAUAAUAUGAUACUCUCUGACUGCACCAACUCUCUGAAUGCACCGGCUCUUAGCAGCACAGCAGAAUUGAUAGAAGAGGAAGAGAAAGAGAAGUGGGAAGAAGCAGAACCUUAUGAUUCUCAGGGGCUGAGCUACUCUAGCCCGAUAAGGGUACGCUCCGGUGCUUGGGUUUCAGGAAAUGAGGGUAUCCACAGCUCUACCCGCCCCCUACUCUACCCACGAGCGUUCCUAAUGAAGCUUAGACAGCAAAAAUCGAUAUCAAGUUCAGAGCAGCUACCAAUAUCUAUGACGCCAAUUACUCCGAAUUCUGCGACGUUCAUGGUCGACCCUUCCACUCAAGAGGACGAGGAAGAAGGGUUGCUUGAUACCAAACGCAGCAAGAUGGUUUCAAGCCUCUCCUUUCUUAUCCGCCGCGAAAAAGGCACCACAGCUCUUUUAUUUACCGAUUCUCUCAAAGUUCUAGUCCCCGUCGAAGGCCCCUAUUCCUCACAACUGUCCCUCGCUAGCCUACCUGCCACAGCGCCACAUCUAGUCUGCAUUGCCGGCGGCGUUGGCAUCGCCCCCAUUCUCCCUGUACUGCGUGCCCGAGCAAAUGCUUCGACAGGGAGCACGAGAUUGUAUCUCGGUGCAAGAUCUAAAGGGUUGUUGUUGACUUGUGGUCCAGAAUAUUUGCAGAGAGAAUCGACGAGUCUCGAUAUUCAAGUGCGUAUUGGGAAGCGAUGGGACAUGGAAGAAUUAGUAUGGCGUGAAGCUGGAUGCUAUGAGCCUGGAAGCUACGGUAAUGGCGCGGACACUUUGAUCAUUGUCUGUGGUCCGGCGAGUAUGAUCGAUGAUGUAAGAUGGGCUGUCGUCGAGGCGAAUAAAAGGUGCAAACGUGGCAUUGGAAGACUUCUUGAUGAGUCUUUUGGUUAAACGAUGUCUGUAGUACGUACAUUGUGGAC